AUGUUUAUGAAAAAGAGAAGUGUUUCCAAUGGCUUGAAACAGAAAAAUAAAUUCAGUCUAAGAAAGACAUUUAAACGAAAUACUGAUGAGUUUUGCAAAAAUACAACAUUACAUGGACUAAAAUACAUAACAAGUGACGAACUCUAUCCAUCAGAGAGAUGUUUCUUUGGUAUCUCAUUUAUUUUGGUAUUGAUUUUGUCAAGUAUUUUCAUAUUUAAAGUCUAUGAUAAAUGGCAAACGUCACCGGUUAUAUUUGGCAUAAAUCCUGAACCUACUUUUAUAACAAAUGAACCUUUCCCAGCGGUAACGAUUUGUAAUUUAAAUCAAGCACUGAGAUCGAAAGCAUCUAGAUUUUCCAAUUCAUCUCGUGAAAAUAGAAUGCUAAAGAUGCUCUGCAAAAACAAUGUGAAUGCAACAAACAAUAAUAGUGAGAAAACCUGGAAUGAUUUACCAGAAUUCAUAGUUAAUGUUUCUCAACCUUGUCAUAAGAUGGUGGUUGGCUGCCGUUUUGCAGGUAGCGAAUUGAACUGCAGUCAAGUUUUUCAUCCAAUUGUCACAGAUGAAGGACUUUGUUGUGUAUUUAAUAUGCUGCACCCGAAAUUCAUGUAUAUCGGAGAAAAUCCUUUUGUAGUGAAAAGAUUUUCUACUGACACGAAUGUUCCAGUUGAUUGGUAUGCAGAACGUGGAUAUCCCAAAGAUUUAUCUAAGGAUUUGAACUUCUUUCCGCGUACUACACCUGGAGUCGGAGAAUCUUUAGGUUUAUCAAUUACACUAGACGUGCAGUAUGAUGAAUAUUAUUGCUCUUCUGGUAAUAGCGUUGGUUUCAAAAUAGCCAUACAUAGUCCGAAUGAAUCACCAAAUGUACUUGAAACAGGUGUACUGGUAGCACCGGGACGUGAAACUAAACUUAGAAUACGUCCAGAAAAAAUUGAGACAGAUCAACAUUUACGUACAGUAAAAAAGAAAUAUCGACACUGUCUAUUUCACAAUGAAGGACGCUUGAAAUACUUUGCUCACUACACACAACGUAAUUGUGAGAUGGAAUGUAUCGCAGAAAUGGUACUCCAGCAUUGCGGUUGUAUUAGUUUUUAUAUGCCAAAAGUUUAUGAAAAUGUUACUAUUUGUUCAAUUUACAAAAAUUCAUGUGUAGAAAAAGUACGUCUACGCAAAGAUCCUACAAUCGAGUCCUGCAUUGAUAAAUGUUAUCCAAGCUGCUAUGAUUUGACAUUUUAUGUUGACGUUUUCACUGCAAUAAUCUCACAUUAUGGUUUUGAAAUUGUAAAUCAAAAAGUAGAGGAUUUUGAUCAUAUAUAUGUGGAAAAGAAUAUCGGUGUAGUCAAUAUGUAUUUUAAAGAGAACUCCUUUCGAAGUCAUUUACAAACAGAAUUUAUUGGUAUAUCGGAUUUCUUAUCUAAUGUUGGUGGCCUCAUGGGUCUAUUUCUUGGUUUUAGUUUCAUAUCCAUUGCUGAAUUUUUUUAUUUCGCUAUAAUGCGUCCAUGUCGUUCGCUUCUAAAACGAAAAAAUUCCAAAGGAAUUGCAGUGAAUUCAAUACCCGUUAGUGGUACAAUCAAGAAAAUAUCGAAAUCUCAACGAAAUCAUUUAUCUGAUAUGCGAAAAUAUUCCAAACAGCAUUUUGUUGAUUGUGAAAAAAUUGGUAAACGUAAGAUUUUUGAUAAAUUUAUGGCAUCUCAACGGUGCGAUGAGGAUAACAUUUUUGAAUAUAAAGACGAUAAUCUCUUAAGUAUUUCAAAGUCGUUGGAGUCCAAGGAACACAAACAAGAAGAUUUUAUUUCAUAA